UAUUUAUAUUUAGGUCGGAAGUAUUGUCUUUUACCUUCAGUAAUGAAACCAUAUUGAUAUCGCGGUCAGGCACGGUUCCAUCGUGGUAUAAACCUUUUCUCGCAUCUACUCUCUAGUGGGCAUAUAUAAGUCUUAAGACCGACACUUUCAGUCUCGUAUCUGGUCUCAUAGUCGACAUAUAUACAUUUUUCACCAUAUUCUUUAUUCUUUCCCCUUAUCCACCGCAAACAUGAAGCUCGUCGAGCAAGCUUACAAUUUGAUUACUGCCACCAAGACAAAAUGGGCACGGGCUCGAAAGAAGCAACCCUCAAACUGCCCUCUACUCAACAAUCUGCCUCCCGAAAUAAUCAAGUGUAUAUCAGAUGAGCUCUCUCCAGCUAGUCGUCUCGUCUUCUCUCAAACUUGCCGAGCGCUAUACGCCAUCCUAAACGGAUAUAGGGGCUCUGCUCAUUUUGUUCGUGCGCAGUAUCUAGAGUAUCUCUCUCUCGUCGCCCGUGACAUCCCAGAGAAAUGGGUGUGUGAGAUAUGCACGAAACUCCAUCCAAUGUUGCAGGGUGAUACUCCGGCUGGCCCAUACGUCGUCUACUGUCCUUUCAAGUUACGCAUGAGACUACCGAUACUCGGAUGGGGCUUUCAGCCUCACUUCCGUAUCCUCGAACCGUACCAUCGACAUGUGCAGCUUGCGCUCAAAUGCACUCGCCUGCAGCCAACUGUGUACAAGACGUACCUAAGAAAAAUGUUGGCGCCAUAUCAUAAUCCUUGUCUUCAAACCCACAUUUCCCCCGUGGGGCAACCAAAUAGGAUCCAGGCUCAGUACUCGGCUUUCCCUCGAAUCGUCGAAAAUUCAAACGGCGAACUUAGGUAUUUAAUCCUCUCGAUCUGGCGUUACCAUGGCGUCAAUUUAUGUCAUAAGGAUGUGGGGAACUUAGAGAUUUGUCCACAUAUGAAGUUCUCUUCCAACCGCCAGCAUAACUUUCUUUGCCCCAACGGAUUUUUAGGCAGGAUUCUCGCUGAAGGUUUCGGAUUGCCGUCGGGUACCAUGAGUUCGACUGCGACCUACGCCUGCCCCAGGUGUUCGACAGAGAUCAUGGUAGCUAAGCAUCAGGAAUAUGUCGACGUAUGCGUAUGGAAGGAUCUCGGCGCCGAAUCAUCGCCCUUGGACAUUAGGUGGCUUAUUCAUACCCGAAAUUUACCUUCUCUGUGUAGUAGGUCUGGCAUCCAAUCUCCGGAGUACUUCGCCAGUCAACGAGCCGGGAUUGUUCGAAGUCUGUACCUUACAGGACCUAACUGGCCACCAAUCGCGUUACCUAAACCUGGUCCCCCUCAUGGAACGGCUGUGUAUAGGAAUACAUCUAGUCGAAUUGGUGUCAUAUUACGUCUUAUGAGCUUUGCGAUCAUUUUGGUUACAUGCCAGCGCGAGCAGCAGUUGAGGAUGUUUUAGUGAAGGAAAUAGGAGAAGCGGAUGACUUGGCACCGCCGGCGAUGCUGACGGUUGCAUAUUAUCGCUGUGGGUUUGGGGGUGGAAGCCGCAGCGUGCAAAGGAGUCGCACCUCGACAUUCCAUACAGCGAGGAAGGCGAAUCAUAAUCUACAACGCUCGACAUCGUCAACAUCAUUACCAUACCCAGAUUAUUUCUUCGACCGACUUCACGUCUCUCACAUACGAGUGUUUGACUCUCGAUCGCAUGAUACACAUUUCCACCACACGGUUGCUAGGGUCGGGAACGAGGUGAAAUACGGCAAGGAGGCAAUU